AUUUUUCAGAACAAUUUGGGCGACUCAAUUUUAUUAGAUGUAAGAAACAAGUAGACUAGAGAGAGUGAAAUCUUUUUACAUCGAAUAAUUGAAACGAAUGUUGAUUAUAUCUUAGAAAAAUAUCAUUGAAUUAAUAAAUUCUUCGAAGUUAGUAAAUCUUACUAACUUUAAUAAAUCCAAGAAAAUAUCUGAUAGAAAUUUUUUAACCAAAUGAUCUCAUUCGCUUUCUGAUCAAAUGUUCGAGACUAUAAAAGGUGAAAAUAAUCCGUAUUAUCGAGAGUUUUCUUUCUUCUCUUGGUGAAAGAAGGAUCGGGCGGAAAGGAAAUCGGCCGAGAGAAGGCCGAAGAAAAAAUACACGGGAUCGCGAAAAGGGUGAAUGAUAAACGAAAGAUGCGUUGUAUCGUCGGAAAUAAACGUGUCAGGGGUGAGGAUAUAUAGGCGGGGAGAAAGAAAGAAAGUUCACUACGUGGGGUUCUGUGAACCCGCGUGUAAAUAUGGCUUCAUAUCGGCCAGCAGUGACAGCCGAAAGUGGAGGUUAUUUGGGAAGUCAUGGGGAAUUUCAUCUUUAAGGUAAUCUUCGUGAAACGUCUAUUUCUAAUUAUAGAAUUACCAAAAAUUCUAUUCCAUUAAGUUUAAAAUAACAAAUUUAUUCACUUUAUCAAUUUUAAAUUUGGUUUAAGCAAAUCAUCAGUCAAUCUCUAUUCUGCAUUUAACUUCCUAUUUUAUUCGUGGCUAAUUGUAUUAUAGAAAAAUCAGUAAAUACAAAUAUCUAGACUUAUUUCACUGGUUUUCUUCACGUAUAAAACUUCUUUUGUUUUCUUUUAUGAAAAGUUUGAAAUUUUUUAAUCAAAGAUUGUAUAUUUUUCUGAAUCGUAAAAAAUUUUAUGCAAAAAUCACUCUUGGAACUAAAUUUAAACUAAAAUUGAAAUGAACAUUUUAUCGAUGAUUCAACAAUUUAACUUUUCACCGCGAAACACGAUCGCGCCAUCAUUGAUACGAUCAGAGGUUUUUUUUUAUCGCGGGACACGUCCACUCAUAACUGUUCUUGGCAUGGAUUCGCAUGCAAGACUGGCACAAGAUCUGGUAAAACAAAAUCUGGUCUCCUUCUCUUCGUGACGUAGCCCGCGUUAUAUUUUAUAAUUAGUCUGAGCAACGAAGAAGUUGCGCAAUUUCUGAAAGAAAUCAGCAAGCCUCGAUACCAAAAUCAGCUGAUGCAAAUUUUCCCAGUGAACGAAAGGACUGUCUAUCGAACACAUAUCUGUAUUCUACAUAUCUGUAUUUGUUUCGUAAAAAUAUGGAGUAUAUCAAUAAGCUGCUUCAUCGAGCUGUUGCGAUCCCAGCAAGGACAUCAAUGUCGCCAUCACCAUUGCCAUCGCCUACGUCGCCGAGUGGUACCGACAAUUCCGUGUCGAAGAGUGCGGAGCAUGAGGUGAAAGUUCGAUUUGCUCGAGAGUUCGCUGAUGUUGGAUCGAUCACCUACACGAAUCCAGAAAGUCUAUCCUCAUCUAGCAGUUUUCAGAGUCUCAAUAGUACUUUAAGCACAAAGAGUAGCAGCGGUAUUUGUCCAGACUCCGUACCUUCGAGUCCUCAGAAUAAUUCUUAUGUGAAUUCAAAUAUAUCUGGCUUGGACGAUUUGAUUACUGGUUGUGCGACAAUACAUUUGAACAGUGAGGACGAACAUUCAUUUAGUACGCUUGAAAAUUCUCAGGACUUCAGUCAAGAUCAAACAUUCGCAUCUGCUACUGAUGAAUUAGCAGCUAAUGACACUAAAAAUCUCGCAACUGAGAUCUCGUUGACAGAUGAUUUUCAAAAGGCAGUUGAAGUCGUCGAAAACAACUUAGAGACUCAUGAAUUAGACUCACCACUUAAUACUACACAGAAUAUUCAGGAACGAUCUCUUUUAGGUACAGUUUGUAUCAAAGAACCUCUUCCUGUAGCAAUUGUAUCAAAUAGGAGAAAUAGUUUUAUACAAAUAGAUAUAGAAAGAUCUCCUAAAAACAAUAAUAAUUUAAAUAAUCAUCAAGCCAAUAAUAGUUUUAAUGGCGAUGAUGAGGCUUCACUGUCACAAUGUCAUAAUACAGAGGAAUCUAAUUUAAAUUCGACAUUUGUAUGUUUAUCACCCAGUAAAGAAAUCACAGAUGUUACUAAAGAAGAAUCUAGUAUAUUAAAGAAUAACUCAAACGAAGAUCAUUCUUUGCCUGUGGAUUUUGUACCUUAUAACAUUGUAAAUUCUAUAUCUAAUUCAACUUCUGUGUUCGCGGAAUAUGGUGAAGAACCGUCAUUACCUAGUAUACCGACGUUUUCUUCCUUACUGACUAGUACAGAGUCCUCGAAAUUGAAUGUAAGCGAUACUCAAGAAGUCGAAGAUAAUGUAAAAAAUUCAUUGACAAAUAAUUCUAAUGUAACAAUAAAUAUAUCUUCACACACUGAAGUGACAAAUUCCAUUCAAAACUUAGAAAAUAAAAAUAAUUCGACAGAAUCAAAUUCACCGAAUUUUUCUAAUAAUGUUGUAAGCGAUGAGCAAAUUUGUUUAGAUAAUAUUUCUUUUGUUGAAUCAAAAACGCCUGAAGUUCAAGAAAAUUUAACUAAAGAUAUUUGUCAAGAAAUUGAAAAUAACGAUAUUGUUGAAAACAAUAAUCUUUCUUCGGCAAAAAAAGAUAGCUUCAAGGUAAAUGAUAUUGCUUUUCAAAAGAAAGAAGAAGGAAUUAUUAUCUCAGAUGAUUUUUUUGAUAAGAAAAAUGUGAAUGAUUCGAAUCAGAUAAAUGUAAUAAAUUUUUCUACAAAAGAAGAAGAAAAUCAGGAAAUAGAAGAACACGGGUCUUCCGAAGAAAAGUUAGAUACUACUAUUAUUCUACAAGAUGUUUCUUUGACUUUGGAAACUGUAUCGGAAGUAGAACAGUAUACGGAUUUUAAACCGCAACGACAGAGCACAUCAUUGGAUACAUUUAAUAUUGAGCAACCAAAUUUCGAAGAACUGAAAUCUGCUGCUGAACAAGUUGCCAAUGAUAUUUUUCAAUCUUCAUUGGAGUGUUCAGAAGAUAACAACCCCUUCGUUAGUGCAACAUCUGAAAUCUUCCAAGAUCCUACGAGUUUCGACUUUUUGACAAAUUACGACAACAAGAAAACUAUUAAUCGCUUCAGAACCGAUUCUUUGUAUGUAAAAUUUGAUCCAUUGGUAGCUGAUACCAGUAUGUUACCUCAAGGCAAUACACAAUCUAUAAACGAGGAACAAAACGGCAAAAGUGAAAAUAUAUCAGAAAAUAUUGAUAUAUCUAAACGUAAUCCUGCUAUAGCAGCUAUCGAUAGAUUACUUUUUUAUAGUCCUGUUUCUACAAAAAUGACGCAGAAAACGAAUGAAAUUCAAGAGAAAAUAGCAAUCAAAGAAGAAUCUGUAGAAGAAUCGAAAUCCGACACUUCACUUAUUAUUGAUGUUAAUAUGAGUAAGGAAUUAGAAUUAGUACGGACAACUGUAUUGCAAUUAGAAAAAGAAUUAGAAAAACAAAAGAAAGAAUAUGAAGCUGAGUUAGAGAAGCAAAAGAAUGAGAAUUUUUCUUUUCAAGAAAAAAUUAAUAAAUUACAAGCACAAAUAGCACAAGAAAUAAAAAGUAAAUCUCAAAUGACGGUUGUAGUCGAAGAAUAUGAAAAAUCGAUUAGUCGACUGCUCACGGAAAAAGAAAGGGAUCGUACAAAUUUUGAACAAGAGAAAGCAAAACUUCAAGAGGAACUACAAGUUGCAAAUGUUCAUUUAAACAAUACAGAGGCCGCUUUUAAUGAUGUUCAUCAAAAGUAUGAAAGGCUUAAAGGAGUAGUAUCCACAUGUAAAAGUAAUGAAACAUUAUUAAAAGAAAGUAUUCAGGAAAAUAUGGAAACUAUAAAAUGUUUGGAAACGCGAUACGAUCAAUUGAAGAAUCAUGCUAUGACCGAACUCGAAAAGUAAGUAAUAAGAAAAAAAAAAAUACUAAAAUACUUUAAUAUAUUUUUAAAUUAUUUCAGAGCUAAUUUUGAAUUAGAUGCUAUACGAAAACAACAUGAAGAUGAAACAGUAAAACUUCAUGCAAUGCUAAGGAAAGCAGAAUUAAAAAGUAAUUCAUUGGCUGAAUUGGUUGAACAGAAAACUAAAGAAAAUAAAGAAUUAACACAAAUAUUGGAUGAAGUGAUUGCCAGGGUGGGUCAUCAAAAUGCGGAAUAAAAAAUCGAAGAUUAAACAAGCAUCGCGAAUGCGAUUAGUCUUUAUUUUUUUACUCGUCCCUUAAACGUUUUAGAUACAAUCAAUACUAAUUAUGAUUGAUGUAUAUGUACACAUGUGUUGUUUUUAAAAUUUAUUAAUUGCAAAUUAUGUUUUGUUUCAGAGAAGCACCUUUUAUUAAUUAUUUAUAAGUUGUGAAAUAUAUAUAUAUAUAUACUAUUUUAUCGCUAAUAAAAAAUAGGUAUAUUAAAAACAA